AUGAUGGCUCUAUCUGGUUUAAAACUUAACACAAUUAUUUUAAUGAUGGUGCUUAACUAUAGUUAUUUGGUGCACAGCGCUGUGAGCGUUGGUGGUGGUGGAGGUGGUGGCGGUGCCAGUGACAUUUGGCCGCUGGAACGGCCCGAUGGCAUGCCGGUGAUUCAGUCGCUGGAGGUGAUGUGCGGCAAGGACCACAUGGACGUGCAUUUGCAGUUCACACAUCCGUUCGAAGGCAUCGUGUCGUCCAAGGGCCAGUACGCUGACCCACGGUGCGUGUACGUGCCGCCGUCCACCGGAAAGACGUUCUUCACUUUCCGCAUAGCGUACGCGCGGUGUGGCACCAAACCUGACCUCAACGGUCAGUUCUACGAGAACACUGUGGUCGUCCAGUACGAUAAGGACCUGCUGGAAGUGUGGGACGAGGCCAAGCGGUUGCGGUGCGAGUGGUACAAUGAUUACGAAAAGACCGCGUCCAAACCACCCAUGGUCAUCGCCGACCUGGACGUUAUACAGUUGGACUUCAGAGGUGAUAACGUCGAUUGUUGGAUGGAAAUACAACACGGAAAAGGACCAUGGGCUCCACCAGUUAGCGGUAUAGUGCCUUUGGGUUCUACGUUAACGUUAGUGGUAGCCAUCAAUGAUUAUAGAGGCGAGUUUGACAUGAGAGUGAAAUCUUGCGCCGCGUCCGACGGGGGCGGGCACGUCAUUCAGCUAACGGACGACCAAGGGUGCGUGUUAAGACCAAAAAUGAUUAGUGGGUUCCUGAAAGCACGGACUUCAGACGAACGAGCUUCCGUCAUAACGUACGCGUUCUUCCAUGCCUUCAAGUUCCCGGAUGCGCUUAGCGUGCAUAUCCGAUGCAAGGUGGAGAUAUGCCGGCAUGGUUGCCUGGAUCACUGUCAGACAGACGAACGUACAUCGGCUGGACAUUUACUUCAGCAGCAGCAACAGCACCAGCUCCAAUAUGGGCCGGUGGAUAGGAAGGACCAGCAGAACGAUCGGUUGGACUACGUUCAAACAGUCGUGGUCAACACGGACCAGCCCAGUGCUCAAGCGCAGAUGGCGGUGCACAAUCCGUUCGAUACUACCAGUCACAAUAACAAGCCACAGCCUGGUCAAAACAAGGAGACGUUGAAUCGGGACGGUUUCCCGCACGGGCCACGGAACCUGGACGACGGUGUAGUCGCGCCGUCGGAAGGCAGCGACGAUGACAAACAGCAGGCAGCCGCGACGCUAGCGUCCUCCAAUAACGGGACAGCGGGUGAGCAGACGGCCGCGAACUUCGCGCAACUGCAGAGGCGCCGGCGCCGGCGUUCCGUGAACGUGUCGGACGCUGGAAACGCGGAUGUGGGCGUCAGCGGGUUGUACGACGUCAUAUCACAGUCGGACCUGGCGUUCACGCCGGACACCAAGACGGACAGCGAGGCAGUAACCAUAUUCCAGGGACGGAUCCGCGAGGACGUUGUGUACGGCAUAUGCAUGCCGGUGCACGGGUUCGGCGCGCUGUUCGUAAUGUUCGCGGGUUCAGCGAUCGUGUCCGUUGUGGUGGCCGGGUUCCAGUUGCACAAGUACCAGGUGAGGCGGGAGACGCAAAAGAUGAUGUCCGUCCAGGCGCACCAGCACAGCGUGGCUGCGGCCGCCGUAGCCGCCGGUGGAGGUUACAUACACAACUCGCUUGCCGGCAUCGUGGCGCUGAACAAACUGAUCGCGUCCAAAACGGCCGCCGCCACCGCCGUCCAAACCAGACGAAACAGCUAA